CAGCCUGGGCGACAGAGCUCGAUUCAGUCCCAAAAAACAAACAAACAAAAAAAUUAGAAAGGCUUUUACUCUCUGGCCCCAUUGCUGAGUCCCCAACAUCUCAGCAUCUCUGUCUUUCUAAUAUCUGUCUCCCCAUCUCUGUUAAUGGGGCCUCUCCGUUCCUGUCAUCUGCCCCGUGUCUCUUUGCCUGGUGCCUUCAGCUGCUGCGUCCUCUCUCUCAGAGUCUUGGUGUCUCUGUUCCUUUUCCCUCCGGGUUUCCCGGGUCUCCCCAAGUCCCUCCUGCUGUCUUCCUCCCGCUGUCUGAUCUCGGACUCCCAGAACCUCUCCUCUGUCUCCAGGACUGGCCCUCUGAUCCUCUCUGCUUCUCUGGUGUGUCUCUCUGGCUGCCUCCAUCUCUGUGGAUCUGGGUCUCCCUGUCUCUGUCUCAGUCUCUCCUUCACUCUGUGUGUGUGUCUCUCUCUCUCCGUCCCUUCGACUCCCUGUUCCUCCUGCCUCCACCUCUCCAGGCCCCUGUCCUGUCCGUCCGGCCUCUCUCUGCCUUUCCGUCCUCCUGCCUCCCCAUCUCUCUCUGCCAGUCCUGGUCCAGCCGGACCCCCACCCACAGUCGGGCCCCAGUGCUUGAGCCUGAGUGUCUGCUCUGGCCCGUGGAGGUGGAGGGAGGGGACGCCAAUGACCUCACCAGCCCCUCUCCGACCACCCCCCCCUUUCCCUUUUCAACUUUUCCAACUUUUCCUUCCGUGCCCUCCUCCGAGCGCGGCGGCGUGAGCCCUGCAAGGCAGCCGCUCCGUGUGAAUGGAAAAGGCAGGCAGGGAGGGUGUUUGCCGCCUGGUCCUGGUCGUGCUGAGCCUGUGGCCAGAUACAGCUGUUGCCCCUGGGCCACCACCUGGCUCCCCUCGAGCUUCCCCAGACCCUCGGGCCGAGCUGGACAGCACCGUGCUCCUGACCCGCUCUCUCCUGGAGGACACGCGGCAGCUGACUAUACAGCUGGACAAAUUCCCAGCUGACGGGGACCACAACCUGGAUUCCCUGCCCACCCUGGCCAUGAGCGCGGGGGCACUGGGAGCUCUACAGCUCCCGAGUGUGCUGACAAGGCUGCGAGCGGACCUACUGUCCUACCUGCGGCAUGUGCAGUGGCUGCGUCGGGCAAUGGGCUCUUCCCUGAAGACCCUGGAGCCGGAGCUGGGCACCCUGCAGACCCGGCUGGACCGGCUGCUGCGCCGGCUGCAGCUCCUGAUGUCCCGCCUGGCCCUGCCCCAGCUGCCCCCAGACCCGCCGGCGCCCCCGCUGGCGCCCCCCUCCUCAACCUGGGGGGGCAUCAGGGCCGCCCACGCCAUCCUGGGGGGGCUGCACCUGACACUUGACUGGGCCGUGAGGGGGCUACUGCUGCUGAAGACUCGGCUGUGACCCGAGGCCCAGAGCCACCGCCGUCCUUCCAAAGCCACAUCUUAUUUAUUUAUUUAUUUCGGUACUGGGGGCGAAACAGCCAGGUGAUCCCCCUGCCUUUGUCUCCCCCUAGUUAGAGACAGUCCUUCCGUGAGGCUGGGGGGCAUCUGUGCCUUAUUUAUACUUAUUUAUUUCAGGAGCGGGGGUGGGAGGCAGGUGGACUCCUGGGUCCCCGAGGAGGAGGGAGCUGGGGUCCCGGAUUCUUGUGUCCACAGACUUCUGCCCUGGCUCCUCCCCCUCGAGGCCUGGGCAGGAAUACAUACUAUUUAUUUAAGCAAUUACUUUUCAUGUUGGGGUGGGGAGGGAGGGGAAAGGGAAGCCUGGGUUUUUGUACAAAAAUGUGAGAAACCUUUGUGAGACGGAGAACAAGGAAUUAAAUGUGUCAUACAUACCCACUUGAGGGCGACUUGUCUGAGAGCUGGGGCUGGAUGCUCGGGUAACUGGGGCAGGGCAGGUGGAGGUCCCGAGUGGGCGGGGCAGGGACUGGGAGACGGGUCAGUCACCCAGACAGCUCUGGGGAGGCAGAGUUUGAGCCUCGCCUGGGGCCCCACACUGCAUACGGCUCUUUGUUUUUUGAGAUGGAGACUCGCUCUGUUGCCUAGGUUGGAGUGCAGUGGCACAAUCUAAGCUCACUGCAACCUCCACCUCCCGGGUUUAAUCGAUUCUCCUGCCUCAGCCUCCCGAUUAGCUGGGAUCACAGGCGUGCACCACCACGCCCGGCUAAUUAUUUAUUUCUUUUGUAUUUUCAGUAGAGACAGGGUUUCACCAUGUUGACCAGGCUGGUUUCGAACUCCUGACCUCAGGUGAUCCUCCUGCCUUGGCCUCCCAAAGUGCUGGGAUUACAGGUGUGAGCCACCGCACCUGACCUAUAUAGGUCUUCCAUAAAUAUUUAAUGGAAGGUUCCAGAAGUCACCCUGUGAUUAACAGUACCCGUAUGUGACAAAGCUGCAAGGUCAAGAUGGUUCAUUAUGGCUGUGUUGACUGUAGCAAAUUGGAAACAAUCCAGAUAUCCAACAGGUGAGGGUUAAACAACAUGGUGCAUCGGUGGAUGGAAUGCCGCCCGGCCACCCAGAGCAGGGACUAGCAUUCAGGGAGGCUAAGGAGAGAGGCCUGCUUCGGAUAUAGAAAGAUAGCCUGACAUUGGCCAGGCAUGGUGGUCACGCCUGUAAUCCUAGCACUCUGGGAGGACGAAGCGAGUGGAUCACUGAAGUCCAAGAGUUCGAGACCAGCCUGGGAGAUGUGGCAAAACCCUGUCUCAAAAGAGAAAAAACGAUGUCCUGAUAUGAAACAGCUACAAAACCACUGCAUGAUGCGAUUCCAAUUUUUGUGUUUUUCUUUCUAUAUAUGGAUUUUAAAAAAAAAAAAAAACCCUAAAAGGAAAUAAGCCAAAUGUUGACAAGGACUGUCUCCAGGUCAAAGGAGAGAGGUGGGAUUGUGGGUGACUUUUGAUGUUUAUGAUUGUCUGUAUUUUACAGAAUUUCUGCCAUGACUGUGUAUUUUGCAUGACACAUUUUAAAAAUAAUAAACACUAUUUUUAGAAGAACAGAA